CCUGAUUAUAUUCACUACUUGCACACUAACACGCUUGUGACUACGACCCUACCACAAGCUUUGUACACACCCGCAGAUAUACACACAUACACACAUUAUACACAUACACAUACAUACAAACGGCAACAUGGAGCAAACCUACUCUACCGAUGCUUCUGAUUUGCAGAACAUGCGCAAAUAUCACAACCAGGCAGCUAUCGAGGAAGACGAGGAUGCUGAACAGGACACCGCAGCCAAUGUGAUUGAUGAGUCAUACAUCCUACCCGAUGUUGUGCGUGAUUUCAUCCUGUACUUUAACGAGCACGUGGUCAAUCGUGAGGUGGGAGUGAUUCAGAACAUCUACGAGAACUCAUGGCAGAAGCUGAGCGAUCGCUUCUUUAGUGACUGCACAUGGCCACCUGUUGAUACCAUCUCCCAGUUGGUGAACGGCAAUGAGGUGUUCCUGUACCUGUACAAGGAGUUGUACUACCGCCACAUAUACGCCAAGCUCAACCCAACCCUCGAGCAGCGGUUCGAGUCGUUUGAGAAUUACUGCGAUCUGUUCAACUAUAUCCUCAACCCAGAGGGACCCGUCGACCUUGAGAUGCCCACCCCAUGGCUGUGGGAUAUCAUUGAUGAGUUCAUCUACCAGUUCCAAGCCUACUGCCAGUUUAAGUCGGUGCACAAGGGCCGUUCCAUGCAGGAUGUAGAACAUAUCAACAACAACCCCCACAUCUGGGAUGUCCAGAGUGUGUUGAAGAUCCUCUACUCUGUGGUGGAGCAAUCCAAGAUCAAUGACCAGCUCAUUGCCUUCAAGAAUGGGUCCGACCCAGCCCUCGUGUCUGGCAUUUACGGCGGGCACCAACUGUACCGCCAGCUGGGCUACUUCUCGCUCAUUGGUCUGUGUCGGGUGCACUGCAUCCUGGGAGACUACUACACCUCGCUUAAGGUGUUGGAGCAUGUAGAGCUUAACAAGAAGGGUAUCAUGGGCGUGCCUGCGUGCCAGACCACCACGUAUUACUAUGUGGCCUUUGCGUACAUGAUGAUGCGAAGAAACAAGGACACCAUCCGUGUGUUGUCGAGUAUCCUUACCUACAUCCACCGCACCAAGCAGUUCAAUGCGCACUCGUACCAGUACGAAGACAUCCAGAAGAAGAAUGAGCAGAUGUACGCCAUGCUGGCUAUUGCUGUGUCGCUGUCACCCACACGUCUGGACGACAACUUGGACCAACAACUGAGAGAGAAGUUCGGUGAUAAGAUGCAGAGGAUCCAGCGGGGAGAGGAUGCUCUCGAGGGCUUUAAGGAGUUGUUUAUGUUCUGCUCGCCCAAGUUUGUGACCCCAGUCGGUCCUCCCGCGGAUGGAACAGUGCAAGACUACGCCUUGGCUGCCCAAGCAAAGCAGAUGAAGCUGUUCCUGGCUGAUGUCGGACAACAGGUGGACGUCCCCACAAUCCGCUCAUACCUCAAGCUCUACACUACUAUGCCUAUCAGCAAACUAGCCACAUUCAUCCAAACCGACGAAGAAACCUUCCGCACAUAUCUCUUCCUGUACAAGCACAAGCUCAGCUCAGUGAGUUGGUCAGAGGGGUCGCCUCUGACGGGCGAGCGAACAAGCGGCAGUGACGUGGACUUCUACUUGGACGCGGACAUGAUCCACAUAGCCGAUACGAAGAUAGAGCGUCGAUUUGGCCAGUACUACUUACGACAGGUCGAUAAGCUUGCUGCCAUCCAGCGCUCAAUGCAAAGAAAACUGUGGAACUAAGUCCAAGUAUUUUAGUAUGAUCGUCUAGCCUGGCACUCGAGAUCAUCGGACAGUCCGACCACCGGAGAACUGACACUCGGUCAAUUUAAAAAUUGGAUUCCCGUCUGGUCAUAGUAUACGACGGCCACCGUAGCGAAUACGGACGCAUAUCUUUAAGUACGGAGACAAGGACGUUGCUAAAGUCUUUUGUACGCCAUGGUAUAGAGCACUACGUAUUCUAUGGGGGGAUAUAGGUACAUAUAACCGUUGAUAAAGUCUUUGUACAUAUAACCGUUAAGGGUGUGUAGCGGACAUGUUAUUUGAAGUGCCGGGAGUGCUCAUAGGUUAUUGAGAGUGUGCUUUGAUUUAGCCUCGAUGCGUUCUAACGCAAUGGGUGUGGCGUUGUAGGAGAGUCGGAAGGAAUAAACUGACGAAACUGAGUUGUCUCAUGGCGUCACAACGGUUGUGUGCUCUCUAGUUGCAGAGUUGGAGGAUCCAUUUCCGAACCCCAAA